GCCCCUGUCUCAGACAUGCACGCUGUGGUCUCGCAUUUUUUCACUCGUCUCUGUUUAUAUUAUCGAAAAACGGUGCAUUUCACACGGAGUGAGAUUUCAGUGCAGUGCAACACAAACACGGGAACAUCUCCAACACUUGUUUUACCCGCUGGACUGUCUUGAAGGUUUGGAGCGAUGUCAUCCGUGUGGCAGCAGGAGCCAUCAGGUUAUUCUGCCUGUGUAGAGAUUGACUCCAGCUCUGUGAGGUGCAAAGACAGGCUCACCUCUCCGGCCUGGCUGAAGCAGGAACAAGACGAACUCCGCAUCAUCAAGUGGGAGAACUUCCAAACGGGACCCUCAGCUGAUGCUGUUCAGGACAACACGCCCAGCAGUGCCAUGUCUGCUGCCCCGCAUGUAGAAAGCCUGCCCCCGAGAGUGCUGCUGACCAUCACCAAGCUCCAGUGCAUGCUGGAGAGCAAACAGGAACGCAUUGCUGCGCUGGAGAGACAGGUGGAGGACCUGAUGCAGGACCGCAAGUUCCUGAGGAGCCAGAUUGAAAACCUCACAAGUAACCGCUCCAUGCCAACUUUUGCGUCACCCAGUCCAGUGACUGAAGCUCCGAAACCCAGCAAAGUGCAGCACUCAGAAAACAAAUCUCGGAAGAGAGAAAGAGUUUCUUGUAGUUCGGCUGACAGCAGCGACAGCAACUCUGAAGCGUCAGAAUCAUCUGAAGUUUCAGCGGCCUCAAGUGAACACAGACGGAAGAAACACCAUAAGGACAAGAAAAGAUCGAAGAAAGGGAAGGACUACAGCAGGAAGAGAGCCACCGGCGUCCAGUAUGUCAUCCACCGCUACAAACAGGUCCUGUCAGCCUUCAUCAAGAAGAAAAGCAUGAGCGAAGCCUUCCGUCAUCUGGGAAUCGACCGCAACACCAUCGCCAACACAGCGUCGAUUGCCGAGCUCCAUCUGGCCGGCAAAGACAUGGUGCCCUUGGUGGGCAUGUUCCGCCAAGGAGAAGAGACUCUGGUCAGCUACGCUCAUAGGUGCACCUUGGUCAUUGACAGCGACGCUGACCUUUCCAGGAGAAUAGACCACAUGAAAGCAAACGGCGAGCUUCUGCCCAUCUCAGGGAAAAGGCCGAGGGCGUUGCAUUCACACCUGCAGCAGCUGGGGGGCGCUGCAGAGAGCAUUUUAAUAGGUUGAUGAUAAUUUCAUUGCAUUGAGAAGGGGUGAAACAUAAUGCCUUCACAAAAUGAUGUUCUUUGUUUGUUUUUACUCAGUCUGAGCUGCUGGAUUUAACUGUUUCAUGUAGCAUUUUUGCAUUUCUACAAGGGGAACAAAUUAUUGAUUAUUUUCAGUAUAUGCUUUUCAAGAAAUCAGGACGGCUAAGUCUUUUGUUAAAACAUACUUUUAUAGAUGAGCCUUUCCUGAUUUUAGUUGAUUUUAAUUAAUUGUAUUUUAACUGUAUUUUAAUUUUAUAACUUUCUUC